AAUUUGUCAUGAUUUAUAUUUAUAGAUGGGCAUGAGUGGAUUAGGAGAUUUUGAGGCGGAGUUAUAUGGGGAUAUAGAUAACGAUGAAGACUUGGAGGCGGAGCUUAUGGCAUUACAAGGAAAACCACAGCCUAAAAAACGUAGACCUAAAGGUCCAGUAAAUCCUAUGGACUUUGAUAGGAUGAUUGCAGACAGUAUGAAAGAUCUAGAUGAUGAAGAUUUGUCGGAUACAGAAGAUCCUGAAUUACUGAAUGAAUUACAAGACCUUGAAGGUGGUGGGUCAGAUGAAGAAACAGAUGAGCCAGCCAGUACACCGUCCUCCUCGGGUGGUGGUAGUGGGCUGGUAGCUGUGUUAGAGGACAGGCUUCAGAAUUACAAGGAUGCUUUAGAUGCAGCUAAAUCUUCUGGUGAUACUUCCAAACAAAGACGUGCUGAUAGAGGAUUAAAGACUAUCCAAGACUUGCUGAAGAAAGCAAGGCAGGGUAAACCAGUUGAUGAAGGUGAUAUUCCUCCACAAGUUGCCAUCUCAGCACAAAAACGUGCCCAGCCCCAACCACCAGCUCUGAACCCUGUACCUACGUUCCAGCCGACGAUACAAGAAGAUGCUCCUAAACCUGCACCAGCACCAAGGAAGGCAGCCCCAGCUCCCCCUGUCCAAACCCAGCAGCCCAGUACCUCAGGGCCAUCUUCUCAAGAAGAAUCAUCAGAGCACAGAAUGCUGGUAGAUAGACGUGACCAGUACAAGAAGGCCGCUCUGGCAGCCAAACAUAGUGGUGACAUGACUACAGCUAGAAACUUUGUCAAAAUAUCAAAACAAUUUGACAAUGUAAUACAUGCUUUAGAGGCUGGUCAACCUGUUGAUUUGUCACAGAUGCCUCCACCCCCGGGUCAAGCUGGUUCAACACCCAAGUCCCAUGCAGAAGCUGUAGCAGGUCCGUCAGGGUCUCGGGUCCAGCAUGAGUCUAUGCAGCGUGGGAGAGAUGAGCCGGCAGCACCGGCACAUGUACCACCACUUCCUUCUGAAGAAGAUGAACGGAAGAUAUUUGAUGCUCCCAGUGCCCCUAAGACAACAAUGGAUGCUCUGGUUCAAAGAUUAGAUAAAUACAAGAAUGCUGAACAACAGGCUAAAGAAGAGGGAAACAAUAGUAAAAUGAGGAGAAUGGCCAGAAUUGCUAAACAAUAUCAAGAUGCUAUUAAAGCACAUAAAGCAGGAAAACCAGUCGAUUUUGAUGAAUUACCCACGCCUCCAGGGUAUGCUCCAAUUCCUACUGGUCCGGCAGGAGCUCCAGCUCAGCACCCCAAGCCAGCCCCUUCUCCCAGCUCCAGCAACAAUUCAUUACAGGCUCCUGCAGGCAGGGGUCAACAAGGGUCACCUCAGGCAGGUCAAAGGUCACCACAGCCACAGAGGUCACCACAGCCACAAAGGUCACCACAGCCACAGGCUGCAGCUCAUAGUGAUGUUUCACCUGGGAAACAUGCCCAUGGUAGUCAGAAAGUCUCUCAGAAGCAAAGGUUUAUGAAGCGUACAAUGUCACUGAGAGCUGAUCAGCAGACGCAGUUUUUGAAGGAGAGGAUGCAGGAAUACAAAAUGGCCGCCAUUAAUGCAAAGAAGAACAAUGAUAUAGCAUUAGCCAAACAAUAUCUUAGAAUGGCAAAGGGUUUUGAACCUAUGAUUGAUGCCUCAGAGAGUGGCCUACCAGUAGAUCUUACACAGGUACCACCAUCACUGGAUUCUGAUGAAGACAAUCCAAGUUUUGUAAUGGUGUCUAAAGAGGAAUGUGAGCUGUCUGGUGACAGGGAAGAAGUGUUUGAGAAACUACAACAAGACCUUAUAGCACAAAUUAGAACAUGUACAGCAAAUAAUACACAUUUUUCAAAGUUAGGAGAUAUUAUGAGUGCUAACAAGUUCCAAAAAAUGGAAAGUGGUUUACGGAAAGAUUUAGAUGCUUUAAAGAAUGCUUUACGGCAUAAAGAUCCUGUUCCAAAAUUUCAUUAUGAAAAUAGAACAUUUUCAAUGGUGCAAUGUAAUACAGAUUUAGGAGACAAUGAUUUAGAGAUGACAGUGGUACGUGGUGUGCAAUAUAACCCUCCAUCAGGAUAUUCGGAGAAAGAUCUAGACACUUAUAUCAAAUAUGAAUUCCCUUUUCCAACAGAUGACCCACAAUGUGGACAAACAGAAACAGUUAAAAGUUCAUUUAAUCCAGAAUAUCAAGAACCUGUCAAGUUCAAUAUGAACAGGAAAUCUAGAGCUCUGGUUCGUGUCAUAGAAAGGAAGACUAUAAAAUUAGAAGUGUUUUAUAAAAGAGGGUUUUUAAAGAGUGAUAAGCCAUUAGGGACAGUGAAUGUAAAAUUAUUACCUCUAGAAACACAGUGUACAGUACAUGAUAGUUAUGAUUUAACAGACGGGCGUAAAUCUGUAGGUGGUAAAUUGGAGGUUAAACUUCGUAUCAGGGAUCCUUUCAAGAGUAAACAAGUGGAGGAAGUGAAGGAGAAGUGGCUAGUUAUUGACCAGUUCAUCAAAACACUGGAUACCCCACAACCUGUCCAAGGUGGAGGAAAAAAGGGAGGCCAUGCCGGAUCAACUUGUAUGGAAGUGUUGAAAUUUGAGAAACAACAGCUAGAUAAACAGAUAUCUGGUUUGAGGGACAGUUUAAGUGCUACACAGUUAAAUGCAUUGAGUGGUAAAAGUAAACUUUUACAGCAGAAGAUAGAACAGCAAUCAGCAUCACUGAAAGCUGGGGGAACAGACGCUUGGAAAGAUUAUGUAAAGUUGGUAGACGAAGAUAUUGUAGCAUACGCCACGGAAGGUAAACAGUACGCACAACAUGGAGACAUGCAGAAAGCACAACUUAUGCUCACCAAGAAAAAACUGGCGGAAAAAGAGGUGGCGGCAAUUAGGACCAAGAUACCUAACAUUUGAUCACUUGAUAAGAGACAGACAUUCAUGGGGAAAAAACUGAUCAAAAAGACCAAUGUCAAAAGAUAUUUGUGUUUUGUGACCAUGUGCCUAAAUAUAUAUACAGACACAGUCAAACAAGAAAUAUAAUUUUAUUGACCUGUGAUUAAUCAAUUCCGGGUGUUGUUCACGUUUGCUAGGUACAAAUUUAGCUUUUAAUAUUGUCUAUACAAAAAGUCAGAAUUCUUUAACUAAGAUGAUGAGACAUAGAAUUUGUUAUUUAGAAAAGUGAAUUUUUUUAGAUCUUUAUUUGAAAGAAUAGGAAAAAUUUAUCCAACUCAUCAAUACAUGGUGUUGGUUAAGGUGUCAACUUUAUUGUAACCUCUUUGUUUAGAUUUUUCUGGUGAACAUAUUUAGGUAUGGCAUUGAAACUUGUUUAUUAACCUUCACCUUCAAUUGUAGGCAGACAAAACAGAAGUGUCAUGGAUUUUAACAUGGUUAUAUUCCUGUUUUGGGCCUUUUUAGACCUGUAGUGCAACUAUCAAGCACUGACGAUAGUUUAUCAUGUUGCUCAUUGCUCAGUUGUUUUGAUACCUGAUAUUUCUAGAUAUCUGAUGUAAUUAGUUUGUUUCAGUGUAUAUUCAGGUAUUGUUUCAUGAAUUUUUGUAACAGAGCUUUUGUGCUUGAAAAAAGUUUUCCCUACUAUUAAAAGCAUAAUACUUAUCUGCUUUUACAGUACUUGUACAUACAAAUCUUUGAAAAUUUGGUCACAACAGAGGUUCUGGGUUUUAUUUUUACCACCACAUGCCUGUUGUUUAUGAAAUAAUAUUAUUUAUUCAUUUCAAAAUUGUAUGUAGAUAUAAUGACAAUAUCAUAAUAGAUACAAAUGAUGUUUUAAUAUGUAUAUUUGUUAAAAUAAAAUAUGUAUAUUUAACUUAAAUAUGGAAAAAUGGUUUCGAGACAUAUUUUUGGCUUUUCAAUUCAACUCUGGCACCAGUUAAAGGUUGGCUUAGGUUUUGCAUGCAUUUUCAUUUCUUUUUAUAUUCACUGUCUUAAGUCUUAUUUGAAGAUUAUUGACCUGUAACUCUUGCAGUGAUUUUACACCAAUUAUUUGCUUUAAGUUAGUGAACUUGGAUUAUUCCAGGCUCUUGUUAAACACUGAGAAUAGUAGAGCAAACUGUCCGAAAGGCAGCUCUUGUUUUGUGAGGGUUUUUUUUGUUAUCUUUGAUUGCAAAAUUCAUCUAGUUUUCUUAUAAAGUUUUAUUUGUUGUAAUUGUUUUACCUUGUUGUUAUUUUUCAUUAGUUAUUGUAUAAUAUUAUGAGCAAAAAAGAGAAAACAAAGCGCCUGUUUUUCUGUAUAAAAAUGAAUUUAUUUAUUACAUAUAGGAUAACAAGUUAUGAAUAAAACAAUAUAUGACA